AGCAUCUCAACCUCCUUGUGACACAUCCCUUUUCAGUGCUGAGUGCCAUCGUGAUGUUUCGCUUACACACACUCCUCUUUAUUGUGCUGGCAUGUUCAGUGCAAAAAGCACUUGGAGGGGAAAUUAUUGGAGGAAAAGAAGUCCCACCAAAUUCAUUGCAGUACAUGGCUUCUGUGCAAAACGACGGGAAACAUUUCUGUGGCGGAUUUCUAAUCAAGAAGGACAUUGUACUUACUGCUGCCCACUGUUUCAUCAAGAAGAAGUCCAAUCUGACGGUAGUUCUCGGAACCCAUGACCUCAGCAAGGUCAACGAGAGAACAAUGAGAUACAACGUCAAAAAAUGCAAACACGCAGACUUUAACACCACUUCAUUGGCGAGUGACAUAACGAUGCUCAAGCUGUCAAGACCAUCAAAAAUAAAACCUAUUAAACUUCCAAAUAAGAAGAUGAAGAUCAAGAAUAACACCAAAUGCCUUGUAGCCGGAUGGGGUUUUAACAGAACUAAUGGCCCUGCUGUUGAUAAACUUAGAGAGGUCGAAGUUGCUACUAUUGACCGGAGGACUUGUCAACGGGAAUGGGCAACAGCAGCAAAGAACUAUGUUCUCCCAGCAAACAUUAUCUGUGCAGGUGGAUAUGGGACAGAUAAAGGUGCUUGUCAGGGGGACUCUGGAGGACCUCUGGUGUGCAACAAGAUGGCUGUUGGAAUUGUAUCGUUUAACCUACGCGGAAACUGCUUAUACCCAAAUGUACCCAACAUCUAUACUGACAUAUCCAAGUUUGUUGCAUGGAUUGAUUACCCCAAAAAACGAUGCAUUUAGAAAAAUGUUAUAUCCACUGUUUCUAUGUUCUAUCUAGCCGAGAUAAGUAGGCCUUUCUGAACAUGAAAAAUAAACACCAUUCAUUCAUGGCAAACAUUUGUGUUUUCUGAUUCAACUUGUUAUUAUGGAAUUACGCUAUGGUCACAGGUGGUACGAAGAAUCUAAUGGUUGAGACAGGGUUUUGAUUGCCAUACACAAUUCAUCUAAAAAAAGAGUCAAUGAAGUCAAGCUUAACGAGCAAGUUGGUGCUGAGUUGUAUUAGACUACGUAGGCACAAUGGAACAUUGUUUAAGCCAAAAGAUAUAGACGCCUCGAAACUCUACGUUUCCCCUCUUCAACACCUCCAUCUGCUGGACUGUCCAAAAAGUGCACUGGCCUUUGGGUUCCAAUUCCCAAUAACCCUCUUUUUA